CAGCACAGGUUUCUAACUUGCGUCAGCCUACACUGUGGAGGUUAUCUACUUCCCCAGCAUUGCGCUGGAAGGGGGCGAAGGCUGCGUCGGUGCAGAACAGAGGACGUCUGUCGUCAGCUUGAUGCGUCAUCUUGUCACAUCAUGGCGGCAUUCUCCCUUCGCAAUGAUCUCCAGAGAGAUAUCUUCACCCCACAAAACGAGAGGCUCCUGGCCGUGUCCUCUGUCUGGAAAGCAAGCAGAAAAAGAAAGGAAGCCAUUCUGUGUGCUGCAGUGAGCUUGGAUUCUUGGGGGAAGGUGUCCCUGGUGACCGUGAAGGGACUGAAGGGAAACUACAAGCUAUCCUCAUGCUGGUCAGCAACUGAGCUCUCCCUUGUCGAUGGGAAAGAUGCAGUCAAGGAAACAGCUGAGUUCCACCUGCACCUGGACAAGGUUUACCAGUGGGAGACCAACAGCCCUGUGGAGAAGAGGGCCUUCAUCACAUGUCUGUGGAAGAUCAACCAGCGCUACCUACAGGACAGGGUCAAGUUUGUCAACAUCACUCCAGACAUCUUAGAUGAGGUGUUACCAUGGCAGCAUUGCAGGGUAUCAGAGGAGCAGGAGGAAGAGGAGGAAGGCUUUCAAGAGCUGACAGCACGUGAAGCAGCCAGUGUGGAGCAGCUCAUGGAGGAGAGUGAGUUGGCCAUGUCUGACGCAGAGGCCUUCACACAGGUCCUGCAUGUCACCAUGGCCAACAUGGACCAGGAGAACAUGCAGGCCAUGAUGACAUCAGAGUUGCAGGCAGAGCAGCUCCUGAUCCUGCUGGAUCAGGCUGUGGAGGAGCUAGGGCACAUAGAAGAGGUUUUGACCAAACACGAUCUACUGCUGCAGAGCGUGCAGAAGAAAAUGGAGAACCUCUACAGGCAUGGCGCGUUGCUGCAACAUGUGGACCACAACCACAGGCAGAUGUGCACUGAGCUCUGCCACCUGGUGGAUGGGCUGACUCUGAGUGAGGAUCACGUACGUGUCCUCACCAAGGGGGACCUGGACAAUAAGGAGCACGUGAAGGCCUGUACCAGAGCAGUCACAGCACUUUCCAAAUGCAACAAAACUCCUCUCACAGCAGGUCAGCGCAGGCUGCAGGGAGUAGCAGAACAACUGAUCAGGUUUGAGAAUGUGCGUCAGAUCUUCGAGCAGCGCCUGACCCAGCACAUAAUCAACGCAGUCAUGCAGCAGGGCCUGGUGAAGGAACCCCAAAGGGAGGGUGAGACAUUGCUGAAAACUGAAAACUUUCACAGGCAGCUGUUGGAGUAUACGCCCCUCAUGAGCUGGCUGAGACAGAGCAGUCCCCAGGUCUUCCAGCGACUCACCCAGGUGUAUGCAGAGAACAUUGGAAAGCUUUUUGACAAACAGAUGAAGGACUUCUUUCAUGCCGCAAGAUUACAGCUGUUAGGUGUCAAGGAGACACAGAAAUCCGGGGCUGUCCCCUGUGCGACCCGUGAUUCCAGCAGUGGAUUAGUGCCAUUGCGGUGUGACAGGAGAGCCAGCGGGGUAGUGCAGCAGGUUCUGACCCAGCUGGAGUCGGUGUGUGUCAUGGAGCAGCAGUUCCUCACGGUGUUCUUCAGCCUGGAUAGUGGCCCAAAAAUCGCUGAGUCUCUGCAGUUUCCAGACGGCAGAAGAGGCAGCGCGGUCGACCAGGCUCAGAACUGUGUUGAGCUGAAGCAGAGGAUGAGGCCUCACAGCUGGGGCAGGUUUUCGGCUGCGGGCGCCCCCCCGGAGCCCGGGUUUGGGGAGCAGGACUGCGUGCGGGCGGUGCUGGGGCCCGUGGAGACCCGCCUGUGGUCUGUGCUCAGCCUCUGUGAGGAGGUGGAGCCGCUGAGCUUCCUCAGCACGCUGAAGGUCGCCCGCCUGUGCCUGACCCAUCAGCAGCAUAACCCCGCGGCCUCCUUCUGCUGUUCUCUGCUGCAGGGUGCCCUCCAGCUCGGCCAAUGCAGCCUGCGCAGAUACACCGAGUCUCUGUGCAAGGAGAUGGAAAGCGUGCGGGCGCUUAAGAAGGCUCGGCCGGGGAUCCUGCCCACUGUGCUCAGGCUGGAGGAGUUUGUGAAAGAGGGGCAGACUGUGCUCGGUGGCUCAGAGCAGUGCUGGGGACUGGAUAAAGCUUACAUCCAGCUCUUCUCCACAGCCUUCCACACCUUGGACAGCCUGUCGGGACAGAGCACUCGCUGCAGCCCCCUGGUGGUGAAGCUGCUGAACUUCCACCGGCUGGCUGGGUUCCUGGGGCGCGUGGGGCUGCCGAAGCUUGGGCCGCUGUGGGAAGAGGCAAAGGAGAGGAUGGCCUUCCAGGUGCAGGAGUAUGUCCGGGCUCACCUGGGCCAACCCUUCGGCCGUCUCAGUGACUUCCUGGACGGGGUGCGGCGCUGCCUGGCUCAUGGCGUGCGGGAGGAGGAGGUGUGCUUCCAGCUGGCCUACAGCAAACAGGAGCUGCGCAGGCUGACAGCGCUACACUCUGGCCAGGAGGUGCAGCGCACACUGGAGGUCCUGCACAAGAAGACGGGGCGAGAGCUGAGCGAGGCCCCCGCCCUGCUGCAGGUGGUGUGGACAGCUAUCCAGCAGGACUUGGAGGCUCAGUAUCGCAGGUUCGAGAGCAUCGUUGGCCGAUGCUACCCUGGAGUUGGAGUCUCAUUGGAAUCGAGCAGGCAGGACGUGCAGGAGUUCUUCCGUGCGCUCAACAAGAACGCCAAACCAGGAUCCUGAACUGGAGACAAGCACUGCUGAAAAGUCACCCAAUUCAGUAUCUCACGUCAUCUCACAUACAGUGCAACAGUACUAAACCUGACACCAGUGUUUCACAUGGUUUUUUACAUUGACCACUGAAAGACAUGAUCUUGAUGUACUACUUAAAUGUUUGGAUUUCAACAAAGUAAAAAGUAUAAAAUAAGUAAAGGUGCAAAAUAUAAAUACAACCACAGACCAGCUAGCAAAAUAUUGCACACAAUUUUCAUUGCAAUUCUCAGACCACCAGGGGGUAUUUGUGGACUACAAUUUCCCAGUGACCUCCAAAAGUGAUCCUCCCUCAUGAUCGAUCGAUCGAUCCAUUCUCUGGCCGCAUGUUCCUAGUCAAGUUGGGGAAGCGAGGCCUAUCUUGGUGGACAUGAGGGGCAGGAAUGCACCAUGUACAGGUUACCGAUCAAUUAAUGAAGGUUCCACAAAUCAAUCAUACACCUUGGACAAUGAGGACUCUUAAUUAUCCAAUUUCCCUCCAUGUCUUUGGGCAAUGAGGAGACUACUCACUGCACCACAUUGAUGCCCCUCCUGAUCAAUUUAUUGCCAAAUUAAAUCAAGUUAGAAUGAAGAAUGAUCUAAACCACUGAAACAUUGACGUCUCCGAGCAAAAAUACCCAGAUCAGCAGACCAGAGUCUGUCUGCCCAUUUAUAUUCAGCUCCCGCUGAUAGACUCUGUGAUGAAUCAAGUGCAUGCCCUCUUUUUUAAAUUGUCAUUUUGCCACAACAUAAUGCAGCUACCCAAGUAACAUCCAUCCAUCCAUUAUCUUAACCCGCUUAUCCUGAAUAGGGUCGCAGGGGGGCUGGAGCCUAUCCCAGCAUACAUUGGGCGAAAGGCAGGAAUACACCCUGGACAGGUUGCCAGUCUAUCACAGGGCACACACACCACUCACACACUCAUACCUACGGGCAAUUUAGACUCUCCAAUCAGCCUAACCUGCAUGUCUUUGGACUGUGAGAGGAAACCCACGCAAACACUGGAAGAACAUGCAAACUCCACACAGAGAGGCCCCGGCCGAUGGGGAUUCGAACCCAGGACCUCCUUGCUGUGAGGCGGCAGUGCUACCCACUGCACCAUCCGUGCCGCCCUUACCCAAGUAACAAAUACAACGAAUAUAUGGCCCCAAUACUGCUUUCUACAUAUAGUGACCAUCAUGGAGACAUGGUAUCCAUGUUUUUGGAAUUUUUGCAUAAUCCCAGAAACAGAUAGGUAGACUAUGUAAUGGUACAUACAGGCUGUACUGGACACAUGUAGUGGCUAUUAAUGGACUUUACAUUGGAGAUUACAUAUUUUGUUUUAAAUCCUCAGAUUCCAAAUCAAAUGUCCCCUCUUGUUUAUUUCCAAUUCAAAAGAGAAAUCAUGUUAACAAUGUUAAUACAGAGUUUGCCUGUAUUUGACAUUUACAGUGAAGUGUCUUUAAUCAUCAAUGAGAUGAGGCAUUAGGAAUUCACUGGGAAGACCCCCCCCAAAAAAGAAAACAUAGUGCUAAGGUUUUUUUAAAGUUAUACUGAGUGCAGCAGUGUGGUGACAUGGUUCCUCAUAUGCUGUGAGUGCAUUUAAAUAGUCAAUGUCAAAUGUCAAAUAAUUUCAUUAAUAAACUGGAAAAUU